UCCAAGCAGGUAGUUUUGACGCACGGCGUGAUAACGUCACCACGAUCGGGGUAGUCGCGUACUCUCCAGUACUAGCUAAACACCACCACGACCUUUGAAGUCACCAGUCAGGAUUGAAUGAACCCGCUUAGGACGCGGGUUUUAGCAUGUCACACUUUAUCACGACCGUCCUGUGCCGUGUUUCUACACGAGUAUUAUUUUCUGGCCCGCCGUCAUGUUCAUCGGUAACGGGACUUCGGGAUUUUUGCAGCGGAGUGUCGCGACUGGACCGUGUCGGGAGUGACAGCGCGCACGCUGCCAGCCCCAUCAACUUGACAUAUGAUGUGUUUGAUGGCAAGGGAGAUGGCACACCAUUGGUGUUUCUUCAUGGUUUAUUUGGAAGCAAAUCCAACUUUCAUUCCAUAGCCAAAUCCCUCGUACAGCGGACAGGCAGAAAGGUGCUGACAGUAGAUGCUCGUAACCAUGGCAAAAGUCCACACAGUCCCAUCUUGAACUAUGAAGCAAUGUCCUAUGAUCUGACACAUCUGCUUGGCCAGCUGCACAUUGGGAAGUGUGUCCUAAUAGGACACAGCAUGGGCGGCAAAGUUGCUAUGACGACGGCACUGUCACAGCCUAGUUUAGUGGACCGGCUGGUUGUUGUGGACAUUAGCCCAUCUCCAACUACAGUGCACACCAAUUUCAAUGCCUACAUUCAGGCAAUGAAAGAAGUGAAGAUAGCCAGUAAUAUCCCUCGCUCUACAGCUCGUAGACUGGCUGAGGACCAACUCAGAAAGCAGGUUAAGGAGCGUUCAGUACGUCAGUUCCUCCUAACUAACCUCGAAGAGCAAAAUGGUGAGUAUGGCUGGAGGAUUAACCUGGAGGCCAUCUCAAACCACCUGGAGGACCUCAUGGGGUUUCCUGAAUUCAACACCACCUAUGAGGGGCCUACCCUUUUCCUGGGUGGCAGUAAUUCUGCCUAUAUCAGCUCUGAGAGUUACCCUGAAAUCGAGCAGCUAUUUCCUUGUGCAGAUAUCCAGUAUAUCCCAGAUGCCAGUCACUGGAUUCAUGCCGAUAAGCCUUUGGAUUUCAUCAGCUCCGUAAUAACUUUCUUACAGUCAUAGUCCUUGUGUCUGAUACAGGGCAUGUGCAUGUGGGCCCAAUGAUAAAUGGAUCAUCACUAGUGUAAGAUUCGGCCCGUUCUGACUUUCAUUCAGUUAGGUCUAGUCUCUUACUUUAUAAUGCACAACUGGACCGUUUUAUUGUUGUGGACAGUUAUGUGUUUUUGUUUGUCUGUGUUGUAUUUGCACUGUGGCUAACAUCGUACACUGAAGACAGUUUACAUUAAGAGUAUCUAUUGAAAUCGCAGACAUCUGUCCAUUUGUAAAUAUGGACGUUUGUUUACGGCUCACAAAUAUUGCAUACUGUGUUACAAAAUUCAGUGGACAACGUUAAAGUAGUUAAUAAUAUAACAUAUUCUAUUUAUUUUUAAUGUUUUAUCUAAUAUUUUAUUUUACAUUAAUAUUAGAUUUUGCUUUUUUUUAACAGCAUAUUGUUGACAUGGACAUCGUGUGUCUGACAGUGUCAUCUAUAAAUCCAUUAAGACCACAACACUUUGAUGUGUAUUCUAGGCAGUGUGUCUUAAUACGGUAUUUGUUUCAAUGUUUUAAAUGACGACUUGGAAACGUGCCAUAAGCAUCAUUUUCUUUGUCCUCUAAUAACUGUUGUAAUAACUCAAAUGACCUAAAAAUCCGUUUUAUAAAAUAAAAUAAUUCCACCAAAUGGACCUUAACAAAGGUAACAUCUAUAAUUUUUUCGAACAUUCUCGUUGUUAGGCCCGGAAGACCUAUCUUUCAUACAGUCAUGUGACCACGAUAAUAUUGAGACAAUUUUGCUAUUGCGAUAACACAAUAUCGAUAAUAUUGUUACAUCCCUGUCUUAGAUAUUAUUGAAUUGUUUCCUGGAAAUGUAAUUAUCUGUAAGAUGUUUUAAGUAUCAUUCAGUGCUGUAGUGCACUAAAUGUGUAAAGUGUGCUUUGUUAUUUGUUUGUGUUAAGGUUAUUGUUUAAUCAAAUAGUUUUGUAUCCUUUUACAAUUGAUGAUGCAAAGAUGCUGCAAUGUAAAAAAUACACACUUUAAAGCACCAGGACUGCAACCUGUCUUUUGCUAUCAGGUUUAACAACACUGUUUUACUAAAAAUGUUCAAGCAAUGUUGAGCAAGACUCAACAUUACUGCUUUUGUUCUGUUUUAAAAAUGAAUAUGUAUUUAACAAAUGGAUAAAAAACAAGCAUACAGUGGUAGCCUACAUAUGAUCAAAUAACUAUAUUGUUGCUUUUUUAAACUGUACCAGUUGUGACUCUUUUUUGUAACAUGUAUGUUAGUAGGUUUAUUACAGAGAGUGCCUACCUCUGCACAAUUCUUCAUUCUAGCUCUGUAGGUUAACAUUCUGUAGGUUAGCUCUAUGUACAGCUGUUAAAGUACCAAAGCAGGGUUGUAUCUGAAGAUUUGCCUUGACCAGUGGUGUGUUAACAUUGUGUUGCAUAAAUUGAGAUCAUUCAUCUACAUGUAUGAAAUGUUCCACUUGUAAUUGUUGACUUACAGUUGGUGUAUAUGUUUUGAGCAGUACUCAAGCUGCUCUUAUAAGGGGAUAUUUUUGUGAAAUGUGGAAAUAGUAUUUUGAAUAUCUAUACCCUUAUAAUAUAUAAAUGUAGAUUUAUGACUAUUAUAUUGACUGAUAAAUCAAGAAAUAUGCUGCAAAACCACUUUAAAUGACAUUAAACUUAAAUGUGUGUUCUCGCA